UUCCCAUUCUUCACUUUCCCCUUUUUUGUCAAACUCUGUAAGACUCCAAAACUCUCCCAAUUCCCCUUUCACCACCACCACCACCAUCGCCGCCGCCGCCCCUCUCACCACAAAAAAUGGGGAAAGGUGCCGCCUUGUCAAACGGAGUAGUGAAGAAGAUCAUUCUUUCUUAUACUUAUGUAGCAAUCUGGAUCUUCCUCUCUUUCACUGUCAUUGUUUACAACAAAUACAUUCUUGACCGCAAGCUCUAUGGAUGGCCUUUUCCCAUCUCUCUAACAAUGAUUCACAUGACCUUUUGUUCAUCUUUAGCUUUCCUUCUUGUUCGUGUUUUCAAAGUUGUUGAGCCUGUUUCCUUAUCUCGGAAUGUUUAUCUUACUUGCAUACUUCCCAUUGGUGCUCUUUACUCUGUUUCUCUUUGGCUUUCAAAUUCUGCUUACAUUUAUCUUUCUGUUUCCUUUAUACAAAUGCUCAAAGCCCUUAUGCCUGUUGCUGUUUAUACCAUCGGGAUCUUGUUUAAAAAGGACACUUUUAACAACUCUACCAUGGGUAAUAUGAUGGCAAUUUCAGUGGGUGUUGCUAUUGCUGCUUAUGGUGAAGCAAAGUAUGAUUCUUGGGGUGUUUUUCUUCAGUUGCUUGCUGUUUUGUUUGAGGCUACUAGACUUGUUAUGAUCCAGAUCUUGUUGACUUCAAAGGGUAUUAGUUUAAAUCCAAUUACUUCUCUCUACUAUGUUGCUCCUAGCUGCUUGGUUUUCUUGUCAAUUCCUUGGAUUUUUGUGGAGCUUCCAAUUUUGAGACAGAGCUCGAGUUUUCAAUUUGAUUUUGCUAUUUUCGGGACUAAUUCAUUGUGUGCCUUCGCUUUGAACUUGGCUGUGUUCUUGCUGGUGGGAAAGACUUCAGCUUUGACUAUGAAUGUUGCUGGGGUUGUUAAAGAUUGGCUUCUUAUUGCAUUUUCUUGGUCAGUGAUUAAGGAUACUGUGACUCCAGUGAAUCUGAUUGGGUAUGGAUUAGCGUUCUUGGGAGUUGCAUACUAUAAUCAUAAGAAGUUACAGGCAUUGAAGGCAAAGGAAGCACAGAAGAAAUCUCAGCAAGCUGAUGAGGAAGCAGGGAGAUUGUUGACUGAGAGGGACUCUAAUGGAUCAUCUGAUGGAAAGAAGGGUGAUACACAAGCCUAGUCGAAUCUGUGUGACAAAAAAGGGGUAUCAAAAAUAAAUCUUAUGAACAAAAAGGGUUGUUGACAAAUGGAUCUUGGUAUGAUCUGUUACUUCCAUUUCAUACCUAAGGUUAUUUAGGAUAUCCACAUUGCUUUGUUUACACUGCAGAUUCAAUUUAUGUAUCUUAUUACUAGUAGAUUUAAGAUCUGAGAUACCCUUCCUUAUAGCUGUUUGUAGUUUCUGCUACUUGUUGAAUCCUUUACUAUAAUUUAUUUACAAUUUUCCCUUUUAAUCA